CCAGGACCCUGCAUUCACUAUAUCUGGUCUCCCACAGUACACAGAACAUGGAAGCGCAAUUAUUUUAGUAAAUAUAAACUGCUAAAUACCCUUUCUCAUCAGCAGUUAGAGCAGUCUUGUGACUUCUAUCAGUGUCCAGCUGAGCACUGGUUAAAGCUUGUAGGAGGAGUUUUCAUUCUGCUCUAUGAAGAUGCAAAACCCAUGACCUCUGUCUGGACAGCCCUGAUUGGCCCUGUGCUGAUCACAUGUACUCUCCCAAGAAAAAAAAAAAAACCUCUCUAGCAAUACACACUAAACUGAGCAUGAGAUAAGACAUGGAUAUUUGAACAAGAGAAGGAGCAGAGAAGUCAGGAUCAAACA